AUGACUUCACCCAAAUCACCAUUUCCCAGUGAUUUCACCAUAAGAACCCCACGCCUACGUAUCAUCCCAUUCGACCCAACCAACGAAACUCAUUGCAAAUUCCUCCCUCACCUCUGGAACACAGACCUCUGCAUCCGCAGUUGUGGUCCCACAUCAGUCGUUGAUCCCGAAAGCGCAUCGGAGUUUAUCCGCAACCGCAUUUUAGCAGACUACGCGCGGAACAAGCAUGGCAUAUUUCUCGUCUUACUCCAGCACGACACAGGACUAUUGCCCCCUACACCCAUCGGCACCGUCUCACUCAUGAAAGGUGCACCGCCAAACCGCCAUUAUCUCGCGCCUGAUAUCGGGUAUGCGAUCAUACCCGAGAUGAAUGGAAGGGGCUAUGCGACUGAGGCGGCGAAGGGUUUGAUGGAGUACGCUAAGAAGGAGCUUGGAAUUACGGAUUUCUUUGGGUUCUGUAAUGCUACUAAUUCUCAUAGUCGGAGGGUUCUCGAGAAAAUUGGGAUGGACUUUAGGGGGGUUGCGGCGUUGGAGGUGUUUGGGCGUGAGGAGAGUGCGGUUUAUGCGUUGCCGGAGAUGAGUGAGGAUUUGAGUGUUUAUGGUGUGACGGAGGAAAUUCGGAAAGAGUAA